AUGGCAGUCUGCUCGGUCAAAGACGGAAACCUGGAAGAGGCGAUCAAGCUGGUGAAGUCAGGAUGCGAAGCACAUCGCCUGAAGAAAAACCGCACCCUUCUGCCAAUUCGCGUUACCCUCAGUCCAGAUACGUUCAAUUUGCAUAUUCAAGGAGAAGUUCAGCAAUGCGCAUUCGCUAUGCUGAGAGAUGGCACCAAAUCGAUUUCGAUGAGGCAGGCCCUAGAAAUUCGUUCGGGCUGGAACACGGACAACUUCCGUAGAGCAACGCAGGAUUUGAACUUCGUCACCGAUGUUCGUGAAACCGAUUGUCUUUCGAUCAUUCUGCGUCACCCGAUUCGGCAUUACAAGACGAUCGAUCUGGUCUUCAACACGACGGAUGUACAGCUUGCAUGGAUGGCGGUGCUCAAUCACGUCAUCGACAAGAUGAAAGAAGAAUCAUCGCAUCUUCGAAUUACGUGGCUGCGGAGAAAGUUCUAUGAGGGCGAUGUGAAUAAAAACGGCUUUCUCAAUUUCAAGGAAGUAUGGAAGCUAGUUUUCAGCCUGAACCUGGAACUGAAGGAAAGCGUAGCGAUGGAUAUUUUUCAGUGCUUGGACUUUGAAGAGUUCGUUCACUUCUUUCGCUUUUUGACCGAUCGUCCAGACCUAAAGAGAGUUUUACGUAGGUAUUGGCACUCAACGCCGUCGUUAGGCAAACGAGAGAUGACGGUUGUGAGGCUUUUCAGGUUCUCGGCAAAGCACUGCGAAUAUUUUACGGUGAACGACCUUCAACGCUUUCUGCAGACUGAGCAAGGAUUUGCAGACAUAACGCUCAAAGAAUGCCAAGAGCUGAUCAAGAAGUACGAGUGCGAAGAUUCUUUCGCCAAAGCGUCUCUGAUGUCCCGUUACGGUUUAAGGAAGUUGCUGUACACCAAGUAUGGCACGAUCUUUAACCCCGAGCUGAAGAAAAUAUACAUGAACAUGACGCUGCCGCUACCGAACUACUUCAUUUGCUCCACUCAUAACACGUACCUUUGUGGCCAUCAGCUUGUUGGCGAUGCCACUAUCGAAGGCUAUAUCAUGGCACUGAAGAAGGGAGCGAGGCUGCUCGAAAGUGAGGUUUCGGUUUUUUGCGCACAUCUCGUAUUGUUCAACAGUAACUGCGCUGUUUCAGUUGAUAUGUACGAUGGUGCCGAGGCACCGGUUGUGACUCAUGGCCGUACGUUGGUGAAGCCUGUUCUGUUGCAGGACGUUUUGCACUCCAUAAGAACGUUUGGAUUCUCUAUAUCGCCAUAUCCCCUUAUAUUGUCUCUGGAAAAUCACUGCAGCCAGGAUCAGCAAGAUGUCGUCGUGAACAUCUUCGAAGAAAUUCUUGGGGACAAAAUCUACCGAUGGAAACAACAGUCUACUUUCCCGUCGCCAGAACAACUGAAAGAGAAAAUCCUCAUCAAAGUAGAUCCGGUGAACUGCAUGAUCAGUAAGACGGAGGACGAGUUUCAGCAACUCGCCGAAUGCGAUGCCGAAGACUUAAUCAGGUUUACGUCAAAGUACCUGAUGAAGGGCUAUCCACGAGGCACGCGAACGGCUUCAACAAACUUCAAUCCGGUUCCACAGUGGCUAUGUGGCAUUCAAGCAGGUCGAAAUCGUAUUCAAUAUUACGGAACGAGCUCCAGGUUUUCGCUGCUAGGGUUGGUGUGUCUCAAUGUUCAAACUGCGGACGAAGCCACCGAUCUCAACGCUGCCAUGUUCGAACUGAAUGGUCGCACCGGAUUCGUACUAAAGCCCGAAUUCAUGCUCAAGCGUGAGAAAAAAGCGGCAAAAAGGCUUCAGCCACUAACAUUAAACGUAGAGGUAAUCGCUGGAUUUUUCCUGCCGAAACCGUCUACCGCUGAAAGCUACGCCGAAGUCAUCGAUCCAUACGUAUCGGUGGAACUGUUCGGUACCAUUGAAGACUGCAUAAAGUUCAAAACCGGUGUCAUCUGGAACAACGGACGUUACGGUGUUUUGAGGAUUUUUACGCCUCAAGGGUUCAAUCCAAUGUGGAACGAGACGUUCAACAUCUACGUCAGGGAGCCAGAGCUGGCAUUUCUUCGUUUCUGUGUGAAGGACUUCAACCGAAAGGCGCAGAAUGACUUCAUCGGACAAUACACGCUGCCGGUGGUAGCGAUUCGCGAUGGAUACAGUCACGUGAGGCUAGAAACCGGUUUUCAGCAUGCAACUGACCCAACAGCCACUUUGUUUGUGCGGAUAAAACGGUCGCCUAAUCGCUUACUAUUCGACCAACCGAUGCUGCCAGUCGAUGACAUUCACGGCGUUCUGAGCGAGACCCUGACGAUAUAUGUGAAAAACUGCAGAACACGAGACACCGGGAAAACAGUGCAACACUGUCUCAGGCGCUGGUCCAGACGACCAACGUUUCUGACUACCACCGACCUGAAAGUCAAACGUAACUGUCAACAUCCAGCAGAAGAAGUCUUCACAUUCAACCGAUAAAA